GGCUCUACGGGUCCUUCUCUAUGCGAAGACGUAUCUUUUUUAAAACCGGAAGCUAAUCUCCUUCGAUUUGGUCUCGCUAAAACCAAAUUCUUUCAGUUUAUGCGUUUAUUUCUCUUGGAAAAAUGCUGUCCAUAUUCAAGUCCAUCCCCACGCAUAUGGAUUACAAAGGUCAGAAGUUGGCUGAACAGAUUUUCCAAGGAAUAAUACUCAUCUCAGCGGUGAUUGGGUUUGUUUAUGGUCUGAUCAUUGAACAGUUUGGGUGGACAGUGUACAUAGUACUGGCUGGUUUUGCUGUGUCUUGUGUGUUGACGCUGCCCCCGUGGCCGAUGUACAGAAAGAAUCCUCUAUCCUGGCAGCCAGUCAUACCAGAGAGCAGCGGGGAACCCAGCCAAAAACCUCAGGAAAGCCUCAAGAAGAAGAAGCACAAAUAAUUCUGAACUAUCCCCGUCUGGCUGUUAAUACAUCUUUUUAUAUGGGAAAUUAUUUUGAAGUUUCUCAUAAUCCACAUUUGAAGCAUUUAGGAAGAAAACUUUGUUACAGUGUUUAUCAGUUAAUAAUGAGCCUUGUGUUUCAAAUAAUAAACAUCUGAUAUGGA